UGCGAUUACUGCUGCCGGGCGGUCCUGCGUAUGGUCCAUAUAGACACAGCAUGGCCCAGGGAGAGCCGGUGCUGGUCCUGUCGGACACAGACAGCGCAGAGGACGUGGAGGAGGUGGAGCCCAGCUUCUCUGGAAUAACGAUAGAGCUGCAAGAUGAAGAAAGCACUUCUUCUGAUGUGAUAUCUCUUGACUCUCUUGAAGAAAUAAUGCCUGCUACACUCUCAAGCCCCAACAGAGAUCUUAUUGCACAUGAAGUAAAUGAAAACCAAAGGAGUAUUGAAGAAAUCUGCAUCUGCUGUGGCAGUUUCCAGAUUCAUACCCAGCAUCCCUUGUUUCACGGAGGAAUUUGUACUCCAUGUACGGAGAACUUUCUGGAAACAUUUUUCCUGUAUGAUGACGAUGGCCUUCAGGCCUACUGCACAAUAUGCUGCUCAGGGAAGACUCUGCUAACGUGCGAUGAGCCAGCUUGUAAUAGAUGCUAUUGCCUGGAGUGUCUGGAUGUCCUUGUAAGUCCUGGUACUGCAGAGAAAUGUAAAGCAAUGAAUACAUGGCUGUGUUUCAUGUGCCUCCCCUUGAGUUCAAAUGGUUUGCUGAAGAGGAAGAAGAGAUGGCGUGCGAAACUGAAGUGCUUCUACGAUCAGGAAUCUGAGAACCAUCUUGAGAUUUAUCAGCCUUUAUCCGCAUGGGAACGAAAGCCAAUCAAUGUUCUCUCCCUUUUUGAUAAUAUUACCAGAGAGAUGAAAAAUCUUGGAUUUUUGGGCAGCAGCAUGGGGGAUGGCAGGCUGAUAUACUUAGAUGAUGUCACCAAUGUUCUGAGGACAGAUGUAAAAGGAUGGGGUCCUUUUGAUUUCAUAUUUGGUUCCACUCCUCCAGUUGGAAAUUCCUACGAACACCCUCCAGCUUGGUACUUCUAUCAAUAUCACCGCAUCCUACAAUACGGGAAACCCCCAGAGAGCAGUCAGAGGCCAUUCUUCUGGAUGUUUGUGGAUAAUCUGGUGCUGGAAAAAGAAGACAGAGACACAGCUUCGCGAUUCUUUAAGAUGGAGGCAGUGACUAUCCACAGGGAACAUGCAGAAACUGUCCAGAAUGCUGUGAUCUUGUGGAGCAACAUACCAUCUGUUAAGAGGUGA